AUGAAAGAAGGGCACAACACUACUUAUUCUAUCCAUCCUGGAGGGGAUAAGUUGUAUAAGGACUUCAAGCUAAUGUUCUGGUGGAACAAUAUGAAGAGAGAAGUGGCUGAAUUUGUUGUUAAGUGUUUGACUUGCCAGAAAGAGAAGAGCGAACACAAGAUACCUCAAGGGACGAUUCAACCGUUACCAGUGCCUGAGUGGAAGUGGGAUGACAUAGGAAUGUAUUUCAUUGUAAGUAUUCCCAAGACACCGAAAGGAUUCACUAAAGUGUGGGUGAUCGUAGAUAGACUAACUAAGGUAGCAAAAUUUGUUCCGAGGAAGGACAAUUGUCGAUGGAAUAGUGUGCUCUAUAUAGGCGAAAAUGUCGGAGUCCAUUGUGCUGGAAUGAUAUUAGCUAGUGAGACAGUUACUUUGGGACCGCAAAUGAUUGAAGAUACCAUGAAUCUAGUGAGAUACAUCCGUGAGAAGAUGAGGGCGGCCAAGGAUCGUCAAAAGGCCUGUGUAGAUCUGAAUAGAAGAGACAAUAAGUAUCAAGUAGGCGAUAAAGUCUUACUGAAGGUGUCACCUAUGAAAGCGGUGAUGCGUUUUGGGCAAAAAGGAAAGCUUAGCCCGAAGUUUAUAGGUCCCUAUGACAUUAUAGAUUGA